CCCGGGGGCGGUGGCCAAGGCGGCGGCGGGAGCGCUAUGGCGGGGGCGGCGGGACUUGCGGCCGAAGUGAGCUGGAAGGUCUUGGAGCGAAGAGCUCGGACCAAGCGCUCAGGCUCAGUUUAUGAACCUCUUAAAAGCAUUAAUCUUCCAAGACCUGAUAAUGAAACUCUCUGGGAUAAAUUGGACCAUUAUUACAGAAUUGUCAAGUCAACAUUGCUGCUGUAUCAAAGUCCAACUACCGGUCUCUUUCCCACUAAAACAUGUGGUGGUGACCAGAAGGCCAAGAUCCAGGACAGUCUAUACUGCGCUGCUGGGGCCUGGGCUUUGGCUCUUGCAUACAGGCGCAUUGAUGAUGACAAGGGAAGGACCCAUGAGCUGGAGCACUCAGCUAUAAAAUGCAUGCGAGGAAUUCUCUACUGCUAUAUGCGUCAGGCCGAUAAGGUCCAGCAGUUUAAGCAGGAUCCACGCCCAACAACAUGUCUUCACUCUGUUUUCAAUGUGCAUACAGGAGAUGAGUUGCUCUCCUAUGAGGAAUAUGGUCAUCUUCAGAUAAAUGCAGUGUCACUGUAUCUCCUUUACCUUGUGGAAAUGAUUUCCUCAGGACUCCAGAUUAUCUACAACACUGAUGAGGUCUCUUUUAUUCAAAACCUUGUAUUUUGUGUGGAAAGAGUUUACCGUGUGCCUGACUUUGGUGUCUGGGAAAGAGGAAGCAAAUAUAAUAAUGGCAGCACAGAGCUACAUUCGAGCUCUGUUGGUUUAGCAAAAGCAGCUCUAGAAGCAAUUAAUGGAUUCAACCUUUUUGGCAACCAGGGCUGUUCGUGGUCAGUUAUAUUUGUGGAUCUCGAUGCUCACAAUCGCAACAGGCAAACUUUGUGCUCGCUGUUACCCAGAGAAUCAAGAUCACAUAACACAGAUGCCGCCCUGCUCCCCUGCAUCAGUUAUCCUGCAUUUGCCCUGGAUGAUGAAGUUCUGUUUAGCCAGACACUUGAUAAAGUGGUUAGAAAAUUAAAAGGAAAAUAUGGGUUUAAACGUUUCUUGAGAGAUGGGUAUAGAACAUCACUGGAAGAUCCCAACAGAUGCUACUACAAGCCAGCUGAAAUUAAGCUAUUUGAUGGCAUUGAAUGUGAAUUUCCCAUAUUUUUCCUUUAUAUGAUGAUUGAUGGAGUUUUUAGAGGCAAUCCUAAGCAAGUACAGGAAUAUCAGGAUCUUUUGACUCCAGUACUUCAUCAGACCACAGAAGGAUAUCCUGUUGUACCAAAGUACUAUUAUGUGCCAGCUGACUUUGUAGAAUAUGAAAAAAAUAACCCCGGUAGUCAAAAACGAUUUCCUAGCAACUGUGGCCGUGAUGGAAAACUGUUUCUUUGGGGACAAGCACUUUAUAUCAUCGCAAAACUCCUGGCUGAUGAACUAAUCAGUCCUAAAGACAUUGAUCCUGUGCAGCGCUAUGUCCCACUAAAAGAUCAGCGUAACGUGAGCAUGAGGUUUUCCAAUCAGGGCCCACUGGAAAAUGAUUUGGUAGUUCAUGUGGCACUUAUAGCAGAAAGCCAAAGACUUCAAGUUUUUCUGAACACAUAUGGUAUUCAAACUCAAACUCCUCAACAAGUAGAACCCAUUCAGAUAUGGCCUCAGCAGGAGCUUGUAAAAGCUUAUUUCCACCUGGGUAUCAACGAAAAGUUAGGACUCUCCGGAAGGCCAGAUAGGCCCAUUGGCUGCCUCGGUACAUCAAAGAUUUAUCGCAUUUUAGGAAAGACUGUGGUUUGUUACCCGAUUAUUUUCGACCUAAGUGAUUUCUACAUGUCUCAGGAUGUUUUCCUGCUGAUAGAUGACAUAAAGAAUGCACUGCAGUUCAUUAAACAAUAUUGGAAAAUGCACGGACGUCCACUUUUCCUUGUUCUCAUCCGGGAAGACAAUAUAAGAGGUAGCCGGUUCAACCCCAUGUUAGAUAUGCUGGCGGCCCUUAAAAAAGGAAUAAUUGGAGGAGUCAAAGUUCAUGUGGAUCGUCUACAGACACUAAUAUCUGGAGCUGUAGUAGAACAACUUGAUUUCCUACGAAUCAGUGACACAGAAGAGCUUCCAGAAUUUAAGAGUUUUGAGGAACUAGAACCUCCCAAACAUUCAAAAGUCAAACGUCAAAGCAGCACCCCUAGUGCUCCUGAACUGGGACAGCAGCCGGAUGUCAACAUUAGUGAAUGGAAGGACAAACCCACCCACGAAAUUCUUCAAAAACUGAAUGAUUGCAGUUGUCUGGCUAGCCAAGCCAUCCUGCUGGGUAUACUGCUCAAAAGAGAAGGCCCCAACUUCAUCACAAAGGAAGGUACCGUUUCUGAUCACAUUGAGCGAGUCUAUAGAAGAGCUGGCAGCAAAAAACUUUGGUCGGUUGUACGCCGUGCAGCAAGUCUUUUAAGUAAAGUAGUGGACAGCCUGGCCCCAUCCAUUACUAAUGUUUUAGUGCAGGGCAAACAGGUAAGUAUUUGCCUUUCAGACACUUAUUUGGUCCCAGUGGCAAAGAUUUCUGGUCUGUCAGUCAAGCUUUACUUAGAGAUAACCCCAGAGGAUAUAUGUUAUCAAGCCUUUUUCAUCUCUGCUUUUCAUACUGCCAGGACAUCCUCUGUAAGCAAUUAUGAUCCAGACAUACCUUGUCCUCUGAUGUCCGAAACUGUAUCUAAGCAGAAGGUGAUUUUAUUUCAAGAGUUAUUGAUUCAUGCUUCCCUGUUUUAUUUCAGGUGGAUCAUCCAUGCCAUGGAGUACGAACUUCAGAUCCGUGGUGGAGACAAGCCAGCCUUGGACUUGUAUCAGCUAUCACCUAGUGAAGUUAAACAGCUUCUGCUGGAUAUUCUGCAGCCUCAACAGAAUGGAAGAUGUUGGCUGAACAGGCGUCAGAUCGAUGGGUCUUUGAAUAGAACUCCCACCGGGUUCUAUGACCGAGUGUGGCAGAUCCUGGAGCGCACGCCCAAUGGCAUCAUUGUCGCUGGGAAGCAUUUGCCUCAGCAACCAACCCUGUCAGAUAUGACCAUGUAUGAGAUGAAUUUCUCUCUCCUUGUUGAAGACAUGUUGGGAAAUAUUGACCAGCCACAGUACAGACAGAUCGUUGUAGAGUUACUUAUGGUUGUAUCCAUUGUACUGGAAAGAAACCCUGAGCUAGAAUUUCAAGACAAAGUAGAUCUAGACAGACUGGUCAAAGAAGCAUUUAAUGAAUUUCAAAAAGAUCAGAGUCAGCUAAAGGAAAUUGAAAAACAAGAUGACAUGACUUCCUUUUACAACACUCCUCCCCUGGGAAAAAGAGGAACAUGCAGCUAUUUGACAAAGGCGGUGAUGAAUCUGCUGCUGGAAGGAGAAGUCAAGCCAAACAAUGAUGAUCCGUGUCUCAUUAGCUAGUGGGGAAGGUGUAGGAAGCUCUGUUGAGACACAUGUUCUGAAGUAUGUUGUGUUUCGUGUUCAAGCUUAAUCAAGGCAGCCAUUAAUGUACAAACUGAGCAUGCUGGGGAGGUGAUUGCCACAUCCUUGGCAGCUUUGUGGACCUCUUGCAUAUCAUAGCCAAUUUAAUGGUAAUGGUAAAUGCUUUUAAUCAAAUAUGAAAAAGUUCUCAUGAUUAUGCCAGCUACAAUAGUAAUCCUCACUGAGUGAUAAAAAUAGUUUAUGAAUUGAAAAUUUGCCACUACAUGUUUUAUGAUCAAGUAGUUCAUCAAAAUGAAUCUUUGCUCUUUGGACUGAAUUAUUGCCAUACUGCCAUUAAAAUAAAUUUGCUAACUAGUAAUGCAUACUGGAAAUCAAAAGAUAUUGAAAGAAUGGUGAACUUCUCUUAGUGGUAUUGUCAUGCUAAAAGAUGUUAAUAUACAUCAUAACAGCAAAGUCAGCCAGCUGAUAUUUUGGUUCUCAAAAACUGCAUUAUUAAUAAUAUUUUAGUAUACAGAGAUAUUCUACAAUUUUUACAUUGUAAAGAUGACUAUGGUUUUGUAUUUGCUAAAUAUAGGGGUUGGACUAAAAUAUAAUAAAUCUAUACCUUAUCAAACAUUUUCUUUGAGCUCCUGCUAAAAAUAGGACAUGUCUAUGAUUGUUCAGAAAUAUGUUAAAUUUAGGCUCAGCACGGUAGCUCACACCUGAAAUCCCAGCACUUUGGGAGGCUGAGGCAGGUGGAUCACUUGAGGUCAGGAGUUCGAGACCAGCCUGGCCAACAUGGUGAAAACGCUGUCUCUACUAAAAAUACAAAAAUUAGCCAGGCAUGGUGGUGCACGCCUUUAAACCCAGCUACUGAGGGGGCUGAGGCAUGAGAAUUGCUUGAACCAGGAGAUGGAGGUUGCAGUGAACUGAAAUCAUGCCACUGCACACCAGUCUGGGUGACAGAGCAAGACUAAAUCUCAAAAAAAGAAAAAGAAAAAGAAAUAUGUUAAAUUUAAGGACUGUUAACCUACUUUGUACUAGUAAAAACAACAUUAAGAGUCAUUAAAUUUUAUUUCUGAAUUAAUGAACGUAUCUGGACACAUUCUUUGUUCCUAGGUUCACAAGAUUGAGCUUAAAGCUCCUGAGUGUUUUCAUUUAAUUGAUUUAGAGGUAAAAUAGAAGAGAAUCUAUGGUACCUACCAUUAUACACAUUUAGUUGCCGAGUUUACUUAAACUUUAAUAAAAGUAGAAAGUAGAUUAAACAUUUAAAUUUUAUUUAUUUCUUUCCUAAAUAGAAAAAAGAAAAAGGUACAUGAGUUUGAGCCCUUGCCCCAAACAAAGUUGUUUUUCUGAUCAGUCUUAACUGGUGUUUCACCUGAGAAGAUAGAUUUGCCACAUAACAAAAUGCAGCUUAUUUGUAGAGUUUUGAAAGGAUGUAAGAAAGAAUGAGUGGCUUCAGUAUCAAGUCAAUUGAUAUCAAAUGAAUGGAUGCGUGAGCACAUGGAAAAAUCUGCUGUCAGUCACAUUUCUCACAACAUUGCAGUAUAGUGCUGAGAUUUUGCAUAAGAAAUUGUAUGGAUGUUAGUUGGCAAAAUUGAGAUGAAUGAGACACAGUUGGACCCUAACGAACUAAGGAGGGGGAUAUGAAAAAGAAUAGAAUUAAACUACCUGACUCAAUGUGUUAAGGGAGUUUAUGAAAAGAUACUCAUGAAGGGUGAAGCUAAUUUGUAAAACUUACACCUGAAAAAAAACGUAAGCAUGAAGCCCAUGGAGAGGGAAUUGAGAACUGACACUUCAUAACUGAGUAAAC